AGCCAAGCCCGCGCGCGCAGCCACCCCAUCUACUGCGACCCCGCGCUCAACACGCCGCACGGCGUGCACGUGAACGUGUAUCAGAACUUCGUGCUCUGCGCGAUGAAGAUGUGCGCGUAUGUGAGGGAGUAUGGGGGGGGAUUGAGGGGGA